AUGCCAUGGAUGCCAUGGACACCCUGGUUCGCGCUGGUGGCUUUCGCCACCGGCUGGCCGGACCAUCGGGAACUCUCCAUCGAAACUCUGCAAGGAGGACACAGCAGUCCGAGGUACAAGCAGGACAUCAUCAAACUCUUCCGUUCCCAGCGCUUUGGCCGCUCCACGGCCAUGGAUAUUGGAGCCGGGACCGGCUACACCACUGCCGCGCUCGCGGUGAACUUUGGCACCGUCCUCGCCACGGAGACCUACUGGACCCUCGCAGAGUCUGCGGGCAAGGGGUACCACUUGGAUGCCGGUAACCUGACGAAGCGCGAUGGAAGCGUGCCGGCCAACAUUGUGAGACUGAACUUGGAUGCGAAGCUGCCAUACAGCUUUGCCAUCCUAGUGGAGCAGAAUAUCACGGCAGCCGUGAUCGAUGCGCAGCACGACUUCACCAGCAUCGCCCGGGAGACCUUUGUGGUGCUCAGAUAUGUGCCCUGCUGUGUUGAGACCAUCGUCUACCAUGACUACUGCGACAACGAAGUCCACAGAUCGAUCCAAUACUUCGUCGAAGCUGGCCUUCUCACUUUUCGAACCUUCGUCGGCACUCGGACGCCGCCGGUGUGGUGUAACGACCCCGCUUUGCACAGUUACCGCCCCGAGGCCGUAGCCAUGCGGGUCCUGCGGCACCGGCCUGACUUCCGGACAAAGCUGGAGGCGCUCCACCGGCUUUGGAUCGGCAAGGAGGCCUUCUCACUGUCAAGUGUCUCGAACGACCUGGAUGGAAGUCGGUGGUUGCUGGUGACCGCGAACAAGCAACUGCGCCUGUUGACCUUGCGCUUCUACCCGCACACCUGCGACUGGCGCCACAUCGAGGACCUCGACCGGGCGACGGACCUCCAGCAGUUCUUCCGCUCCUCCAGUGCCAUGUUGGCGUCGCUCAGCGUUCGGAAUCUGCCCCUCGUGAUCAUCCGACAGCAAGGUCACUCGUCCUAUGUCAUUGGGGAAGUGGACCGGGAGAUGAAGUUAAUAUCCUUAGACGUCAGCAGCCUGGCCGGCUUCAAAACAGCCAUGGGCUUCCGCGUGGGCCAGUGGAACUCAGAAUUGCUCAGGUUGCUGGAUCAUUUCAUGCACGUGGAUGGCGCCCUAAGUACUGCCAGCAGUGCCUGGCGCGAUGCGCUCUUCGGGCGCUAG